UGAAGUGAAGUGCUCAGGUAUUUGCACCCGGCUUACUUCAUUUGUAGUUUUACGGGCAAGAAAACGAGCGGUCAAGUUUUUUUUCGGUCAGAUGACACGAGAACUUUGCCUUGUGGGUGUCCUUAUGGCGGUGACAGGGGUGGGCUUGAGAGCAGAGCCCGGCACGACGGCGGGGCUUGAGGGCGCACACGCAAAAAGCCUUCCGCUGCUAGACGAUGUAUACAAUAACCUUGUCGUCGCCGUUAGUGGAGACCCAGCGGAAAAUGUCUCUGAACUUCUUGAGAAUUUGAUAAAUGUGGUGCAGGAAGCUUCAAACGUUCUUACCAAAGCUACCGGCGACCGGAUUAAGUUUGGAAAGAUGACAGUCCUUUUCCCCGAACACUGGGAAAUUCUAUCGCCGAUUUUACCAAAUACUAAAGUCGAGAGCGUGUACCUGGCGAGCGCAGAGGCCCCUCAUCUGCUGGUGGCCGACAAGCAUCCGGUUAUCGCGGCGCCGGCGUGGACCCAGCACCGUCUGCCUUGCGGCCAUCCUGGUGACUUCAUCUUCCUGGAUAGAUCUUUCCUGAACGAUACGUCCGAUUCCCGAAGAGGAAAGAAGCUCGCGCAGGAGUGGGCGAAGUACCGCUGGGGCGUCUUCGAGGAGCACGGGUAUAAGGGCGACCCCCUCUAUCCCUUUACAAGAGAAGGCACAGAAGCAGGGAAGGAGGAGAAUAAUCUAUGUCUGGACGGAGGGAACUGGCUGAAAUCAACGUCUUCCCUUCUCUCUCUGGCGGACAACCACGGGGAAGAUGAGUGGAAAAGCAUCAUCCAGUUCUGUGACUCAGAGAAUCACGUCUUCACUGAGUCUCGCCACAAUAACCUUUGUCAGGGAAAGAGUGCGUGGGAGAUCAUGAGAAGUCAUGCAGGCAGGUUUAUUUUAAUUGUGUGCUCUAAAGAGUCACGUCUUCACUGA